AUGGACAGAAGGUGGAUACAGAACCCGAACAGAUGCGCAGACGAAUACUUGGAUGGAAUCGAGGAUUUUAUUGAGUUUGCACGUAGACACAACCCGGGUGCAACUAGAAUCCGUUGUCCUUGUAGGAGGUGCAACAACACGUUAUGGGAGACAAUUGAAAAUGUUGGAUUUCAUUUAGUAAGGAAUGGAAUGAUUGAGACAUAUAGCAUUUGGAACCUUCACGGGGAACAAUUAGAGCAUGCUUCGUCUUCAAAUGCCACAAGAGUGGACAAUGUUCAACCUAUUGUGGAUGCUAAUGAUCAAGUCAUGGAUAUUAUACAGGAUGUUUUUCCAUUUGCAUCGACCAACAUGAAUCAAGAAGAGCAAGAUGAUGUGCCUACACCAAUAGACAGUGCGGAGUUUGAACAAUAUGAGAAAUUGUUAAAAAAUGCCAACCAAGAGUUAUACCCGGGGUGCGAGAGCUUUUCCGUUCUCACGGCCAUUGUGGAGCUAAUGCACGGAAAAAUAAAGUAUCGUAUGUCGAACCUGUGUUUCGAUUACUUUUUGGGGGUUUUCAAGAGAAUGCUUCCGACGGACAAUUGUUUGCCGAAAGACCAUAAACAGGCGCAGAAGGUGUUGAAUGGUCUUGGAUUGGGGUUAUGA